CAGCAGACCACUUCCGGUAAAGUUACCCGCGAAAAUUGUGGAAGAAGUGUACUUCUUCGUGAACUCAGUGUUGAUAAAUAAUGAAAAUCUAAUUUCGACUGAUUUACCAUCUAUCGAGAUAAGAUGAAAGACCCUGGUCUGUAUGCGGAGGUCCGGGGUAGGGUCAAAUACAAGGGAGUGGGGUCAUACAUUGGGGACUACAAAACAGGCAAAAUGGUUGUGGCACCUGAAGGUGUCCAUUGGAAGUGUCAACUUUGGAUCAACACCAAGAGAGAAAGUCCAGUUGUCAAUUUGCAAAUAAAUGAUAAGAUAAAGAGUCUAAUCAACCGACCUGACAGAGUGAUCCUUGACUUGGCCACCGGCUACAACAUCUAUGUGAUAGCAGAUCAAGGAGACCUAGCGCACCUCAAGAAGGUCCAGGAAUUGCUUUGCAAUAUCAAACAAGGGAAGACAGUUCAUGUGAGUGAAAACAAGGCCGAAGUUGGUGGACACAAGAACCAUGUGUUGACAGCCAGUAAUGUCUCACCAAAGACAAACUCCCCUGAUGUGUCUCCGGUAUUCACCAGUGUCAAGGAAAACAGAGGCUCUAAUGGAGACAGUAACUCUUUAGGACAUCGUCUCUUUGAAGAUGAUGAUGUGGAUUCAAAGGAAAAUUAUCACAGUGGUCCUAGGUGGCCUGCUGAAAAGUUCCUCAAGCAAGGUCAGGACAAGAGCAGGGAGACAUUGAAGUCAUUUGCAGCCUCAGGAUUCUACAGCAGUACUCCAGCUUCACACACACAGAAAAUGUAUUCCAGAACCUGUGAAUCAUCAGGGUCAGCAAAGAGACCAGGGAUGAUGCCACUUAACCCAACUCCACAAAAGCGACCUCGUCUGUUGUCUGACCUCAACUAUUCGUGGGGGAAGAAAGUGAGUCAAGAUUCCAGUAACCAGCAGCAGUCACUUCUGGGAUUCUCCAACAUCGGCAACACAUGUUACAUGAACGCUAUCCUGCAGUCCCUGUUUGGGCUGAAUCCUUUCAGCAAUGAUUUGCUCUACUCCUUCAAGAAGAAAGGACGGUCCUUUUCGCCGAACUCUCUCUACUGCUCAUUGGCAAGACUUGUCAAGAUUCAAAGAAGGCCUGGGUCAUCUGAUUUCAACAAAAGGGAACUACUUCGCAAUGUGAAAAGUGCAAUAUCAGGAACUGCCAAGCGUUUCUCAGGGUACCAACAACAUGAUGCUCAUGAGUUCCUCAGUCAAGUCCUUGAUCAGCUGAAGGAAGAAAUUGUGAAGUUUAACAAAUCAACGCCAAGUCCAACAAGAGACCCAUCAGAAGACAUUGAUCUUGUUAACCCUACCCUCGACAAUUUUGAAUUUGAAGUACUUCACACGAUAACAUGUCUCAAAUGUGAUGAGGAGGUUGCGAAGUCUGAGCAGUUCAAUGAUUUGUCUUUAGAGAUGCCACAAAGAAGUCACCAAGGUUACCCCAAGUCUCUGCAGGAUGCGUUGGAUGUGUUCCUGCAACAAGAAGAAAUUGAUUACACAUGUGCGAAGUGUGGUCACACAAAGUCCAAAGUCAAACACAAGUUCACAAGGAUACCCAGGAUUUUGAUUCUUCACCUGAAAAGAUAUGCAUACAGUGCUUCAAUAUCCCUACAUAGCAAGAUGGGUCAGAGGAUAUUCAUCCCGAGCUAUGUGUCUUUGUCCUCUCAUGUUGAUAGUGAUGUCCAAUGCCCUCCACCCAUACCAUGCGUGCUACCACAGUCAAGUCCCAUGAAGUCUCUGCCAGACUUGGAUGAUCGCAAGGGAGAUCACUCUCGGAGGAAACUUGACUAUACUUCUGAUUCAAAAUACACGUUCAAGUCCCUGCACAACAAGCAAGGAGAGGACAGCACAGACCAACCAGCACCACAUACUGAGAGGAGGAACUCUACCGAUCUGGAAGACAGCAAAUUAUUUCCCAGCUUUGCAUUGGAUGAAUCUACAGAGGAUGCUGACAUGGCCCGUGCCAUUGAGCUGAGUCUGCAGGAAGCCAAGAUGCAGGAACAGCAGCAGGAAGCUUACAAGGACAGUCCAAGUGAAGACGAGGAUAACAGUAUGAAAGAUGAUGUCAUGGAGAUUAGUGAGCUUCCUCAGGCUGGGCAACAGGUUGACAUCAGUGUAAGUCUUACAGAGACAGACUUACGACAGAUGACAGAAGAGCAGAGGAUAGAAGUUGCAAUUCAGCAGAGUUUGAUGGAGUCUCAGGGCCCAAGCACAUCUCUCAGCAGCCUCCUCAGACACUGCUUAAGCAGAAGCCUCAUUGUGAAGGAGUGCAGUGGAGCAUUCCUUGCAUCUCAGGCAGAGGAACCAGAGACUGCAUCUCCAGAAUUUCCUCUCAUAAAGCAGAGAGGUCAGUCAAACAAGGAAAGGGAAACCAAGUUGGUUAAUGGUGACAGUAUGAUUAGAGACAGGACAGAGUGUGAAAUGAGGGCAGAAGUUGAUGGUGAAACUGGUCAAGGACAGACAUGUGUCAGUGGGGUAGAGACCGGUGUAGGGAGGACGACGGUGGGCAGUUGUCCGUUUGAUGAAGUGGAUGGCGCUGUGCUGGAGCAGAUGUUCAGUGAAAAUAGUGAGGAUGUGUUUGGUAGUGAGCUGUCUGUGAUAACACCAACUGUUAGGACAACAAAAGGCUCAGAUGGUCAGUGUGGGGGUUUGACUCAAGGAGAAAUAGAGCACAUAUUUGGAGAUGAAUCAGUGGCCAGCUCUGAAGCACACAAUGACCAAGAUAAAGAGAAAACAGAAAGGAAAAAAACAGUUGUCAAUGAUGAAGUUGUAGAUCUCACAUGUUGGGAGGAAAAGGAGAAUUUGAAGCCGGAGGUGGAGGCUAAUUGUGUUGCUGCAAAACAGGAUGACAUAUACCCAGAUGAGCCCUCUCAAGAGGAGAUCCUUUUGAUCAAACAGAAACGAUCUCAAAAUGAGAAUGGAAUGUUGCCCUGUUCAUAUCGGCUUGUCAGUAUAGUCAACCACAUAGGCCACAGCUCUUCUGCAGGUCAUUACAUCAGUGAUGUGUACAACAUGAAGAGGAAAUCUUGGCUGAGCUUUGAUGAUGCCCAUGUGUCCAAACUGCCGGAAACAGAAAUUAGAACCCGUCGGGAAAGAAGCGGUUAUAUAUUCUUCUAUAUGUGCAAGGAGGUGUUCGAGGAGUUGGAGAGUUUACACACAGCAUCAAUACUGAACAAGGAGAACUAGGGAAAGAUGUUUCUUUUAAUAAGACAUUCAUUUGUACAUUGUCCAUGUAUGAGGCUAUAUUAAAUAUAUUUCUACCAAUGUUCAUGAAUGUUCAAUAUAUUAUGUUUGAUUCAUAAAAUAAUUUAACCAUGA